ACCUCGACGGGCCACUCAGCAACGGCCAACUCGACGGCACACUCCCAGAGCUGCGCAGAGCAAUUCAGCAACCAAUCCAGAACCGCUUGCGGCACCUAUAUCAUGCCUGUUGUGUCCUCCAAAUUGUCCUUCAUUCCUUCCUCUCUUUGUCCUCCAGGCCUUUUCUGGUGUUGUCGUUGUCCUUCACAGCCUGAUUGCUUAGUCCUUCUGUUUCUCACGACCAACAAUGUCAUUUGGGAAUGCGAACGGUUACGGGUGGCUGCUAGGCGACGCAGAGCUUUUGGAUUCAAACAACCCCGACAACCUUUUCCUUCCUUUGGGAUCAAUGUCGCCGCUUCCGAGUACUGAUGAGCAACAUGACUUUUCGAGUACCCAGGCUCAAAGAUCCGAAAGUAGCACACGCGAGGUCGGAUACCAAGAUCUCCGUAGCCCACAGCCUCGCACCCUGGGUCACACAUCUUCAACUUGCCGAUUUCCCCCGCUGACUUUUCGGGCACCAUCAAGGACCGACGCAGCUCUUGACCAAGGAGGCAAUACGCACCGACCAACGCAACAGACCCAUCUGACUGGGCCGCCUAAAAGGAGGCCUUUCCAAUGUCCCAUAUUCCAAAUGGAAAUGCUUCUUGGUCAGCCGCGCAGAUGUACAGGCGGGCGUGGCGACAACAUGGCGGCAAUACGUCGCCAUAUAGAGCGGUCGCACAACACAUUCGUCAAACUCUGCUCUACUUGCAAUGAAAACAUCCUGGAUGAGGCCAAGUUUUAUGAGAAGCAUGGUCAGAAAGGCGAAUUGUGUACCGGCCCGCCACGGUCGCAGGCCAAAGGGGCUGCAGCCGAAGCGCAGUGGACAGAGCUGUGUGGUGCUCUCUUCCCGGAAGCAAAAGAGUUCCCUAGUCCAUAUGCAGCACCAGUUCCUUCGCCGAAACCACAUCAAUCUCCGUCACGCGGCCAGACAGGUGCUCACCCACGACAAUCAGUUACCGAAAGCUUGGGCAACAUCCAUUCAGAACAAGCACCUCAUGGUUCCCAAUUAUCAGUGGACAGGACUUCCAUCCAGUAUCCGAAACUUAUAUACCAAGCCCCUGAUGCGCAGUACAUCCCGGAUUAUCAUUCCAUUUCCAACAAUAGAAGUGCGGUCUUGGGCCCAAGCUGCAAUAAAUCAUGGCCUUAUGCAGAUGUUCCCAACACCCAACGCUACCUUGGACCACCUCGAUACACUGGAAAGGAGUUCGAAGAUGGACUAGGCAACGAGAGUAGCAGACUCAUCUUCCCCGUAAGGCAACCUUCGCCUGCUGAAUAACGCAGGUUCAGACUCCCCUUUCUACCUCUGCCAUUAGUACGGAGGCAAGUUCGAGUACGACAGAUCCACAAACAUUGCCAGCGAAACUUGUAUGCGAGGUGGGAAAUUGUCACGCGGUUUUUACGGGUGAGUACCGCCAGGGGAAUCUCUCACGCCACAAAAGAAUACACCAUGGCGGAGCUGAGGGAAUUCGAAGUGUAUUUCCCUGUGAAGAGCCAAACUGUUCAAAUGUUUACAAGAGGAAAGAUGCCCGCUUGAAACAUUAUCGCAAGGUGCAUCCAGAGCGCUGUGAAGUUUCCGAACCUAGGAUCCGUAGACGCGACAUCCAUAGUACAAGUCAGACCUAGCUAGACUACCGGCGGGAACUUCGUUUUUGCGGCACAAACGGAAACGUCUUCAACUCAAAUGCCUUUUUGAACAAAGUUGUUGUAGAUGUGCAAUGUUGGAAC